AUGACUUUACCGGUGAACGGGGUGGCCAUCAAAAUGGUGGUGGACACCGGCAGCCCUAUCACUGCUGUGGGGCGGGACACGGUCAUCCCGCGGCUGCGACUGAAACCUACUCAGCUGCAGCUGUCGUCAUUCACUGGUCACCGGAUCCCUCUCCGGGGUGAGGCAGACGUCUCUGUAAGGUUUCGCGGUCGGGACCAUCGACUGCGACUGGUCGUGGUGGACCUGCCUGGCGAUCGCCGUCUGCUAGGCCGCGACUGGCUGCGGGCUCUGGACAUCAGUGUGGGCGGCGGAGAGACGGCGGUGAUGGACGUCACUCCGGACCGAGGGACGGCGGAUCUGGAGGCGGUCUGUAACAGGCACAAGUCGGUGUUUGACGGCACACCGGGGCGCAUCAGUGGAGUAAAGGCGCACCUGACACUGAAACCGGAUGCACGGCCGGUGUCACGGCCGGUGCGCUCGCCUCCAUAUGCACUGAAACCGGCCGUCGAGCAGGAGCUCGACCGCUGGGUGCAGGCCGGGAUCGCGGAAAAAGUCGGUCCAAACGACGCGCCCGGCUGGGGAACACCACUGGUGACGGUGCCACGGGCUGAUGGCGGUGUGCGUCUGUGCGGUGAUUAUCGACUGACGGUAAACCCGCAGCUGCAAAUGGCGACGCAUCCUACGCCAUCCGCCGAGGACAUCUUUGCGAGCGUCCGAGGACGGCGGUUCUGCAAACUGGACCUGAAAGACGCCUUCCUGCAGCUGGAGCUCGCGGAGGAAUCGCGGGAUAUGACAACAGUCGUCACGCACCGAGGACGGUAUCGGAUGAAAUCCCUACCGUUCGGCAUAUCGGCGUGCAGUUCGGUGUUUCAGGCCGCAAUCGAUCACAUCCUGGAUGGCAUAGACGGGUGUGUGGCCUAUCAAGACGAUCUGCUGGUGACGGCGGCGAACAUGACGGACCUGUGCGAACGCUUGGAUGAAGUGCUAACUCGGCUGGAAGCUCAUGGAGUGAAGCUGAAACGGGAGAAGUGUCAACUUGGACUCGACGAGGUGCAGUACCUCGGCUGGCGCAUCUCAGCACAGGGGCUGCGUCCAGUACAGGAGAAAGUUGACGCAGUGAUCGACAUGCCGGACCCUAAGGAUGUGAAAAGUCUGCGCAGCAUCUUGGGGAGCAUCAACUACUACCAGCGCGUGCUUCCCAACCUCUCCACGGAACUAGCGCCGCUGUACGAUCUCUUACAGAAGGGCGCCACGUGGAAAUGGACUAAUGUGCACAAAAACGCACUGGUCAGAGUGCGAAAACUGCUGGCAGGGGACACAGUCCUAAAGCGGUACGAUGCAGAGGCGCCGCUCAAGCUCGUCACAGAUAGCAGUGAAGUCGGCGUGGGAGCCGUGCUUCUGCAGCCUGACGAGGAAGGACUGGAGCGUCCGGUGAUGUACGCCUCUCGGACACUCACAAAAACGGAAAGGAAGUAUCCGAUGGUAGAGAAGGAGACGCUGGCGGUGUCCUUCGCUGUCAAGCGCUUCGGUCAGUUUCUCUACGGCCGGAGAUGGACCCUGGUCACGGACAACAGGGCGCUGUCGCGCAUCUUAAGUCCGGAGCGCGAGCUGCCAACGCUGGCUGCGGCCAGGCUCCAGCGGUAUGCGCUGCAGCUCGCGGCUUUCACCUACGAUGUGGAGCUACGUCCAUCAGAAGACAUGCACCUGGCGGACAGUCUGUCUCGUAUGGCAGUGCCAGGCGGAGAGGUCGAGCCAGCGGACGCUGAGGACGACACCAGCGGCGGCUCGUAUCUGCUGUUCAUGGACGGAGUAGCUCCGGUUCUGACGGCCAAACAACUCGCGGCGGCGACACGCCGCGAUCGGGUACUGUCGCGCGUCCUGACGUACGUGCACAGUGGGUGGCCCGGACAGGUGGAGCAGGAGCUGGCCCCGUUCCGUCAGAGGCGGGAUGAGCUCUCCACGGACCUGGGAUGUCUGCUCUGGGGUGGCAGGACGGUGGUUCCCCACUGCCUUCGGCAACAGGUGCUGGCAGAGCUGCACCAAGGUCACCUGGGCAGCGCCAAAAUGAAAGGUGUGGCGCGCCGAUACGUAUGGUGGCCGGGCAUGGACGCCGAGCUGGAGGCCCUGGCGCGUGACUGCGUGGCUUGCAUGGAAAAGCGCGGGGCACCACCGCGUGCUGAACUUCACCCUUGGGAACCGACGGACAGCUGCUGGUUCAGGGUUCACAUCGACUUCGCUGGACCCUUCCAGGGCUCUUUCUUUUUGAUAGUGUAUGACAGCUACUCGCGCUGGGUGGAGGCAGUGCCGAUGCGUGAGACCAGCACGGAAAGCACGGUGCGUGUUCUGCGCGAAAUGUUCGCCAGGUUUGGAUUGCCGGUCCAGGUGGUCAGCGACAAUGGACCCCAGCUGACCGCCACUGCGUUCUCCCAGUUCCUGAACGCGAAUGGGAUUCGGCACAUCAGGACAGCGCCGUGGCAUCCAAGUAGCAACGGGGCGGCGGAGCGCGCAGUUCAAACCGUAAAGAAUGGCUUGAAAGCUGCACUCAAGGACGGAGGAACGCUUUCUCAGCGCCUCCAGCGGUUCUUGCUGGCAUACCGGGUGGCGCCACACGCGACCACGGGGAGGUCUCCAGCGGAAAUGAUGUUGGGACGGAACGUGCGAACCAACCUGGACCUCCUAAAGCCGGAUGUGCAUGUGCGGCAGCGCGAGGAAAAACUUCGCCAGUGGCAGGCCGGUAGGCCAGGUCACAACAGGCAGUUCUCGAUCGGAGACCACGUCUGGACACGGGCCUACGGUGGACCGUCCAAGUGGCGGCGGGGCGUCAUCACCGCCCGGACGGGCCCGCUGUCGUUCGAAGUGGACGUGGGGAGCGCGAUCUGGUCGCGGCACGCCGACCAGCUGCGUCUGGCGGGCACCCAACAGGCUGCUGCAGCGUCCGAUGGCGCGGAGGAAAUCAGCCGGCAGCCGACGGUGGCAGCACCGAACCCUCCGAGGAAGCGCAGGUAG